GCGGCCAUGGCGCCGGGCACGGACCGCCCGCCGCGGGGCGAGGGCUGCGCGGAGCCCCGCGUCGACCGGAGGACGAAGAAGCCGCUGGUGGAGAAGAAGCGCCGGGCGCGCAUCAACGAGAGCUUGCGGGAGCUGCGGCUGCUGCUGGCCGACGGCGAGUUUCAGGCGAAGCUGGAGAACGCGGAGGUGCUGGAGAGGACGGUGCGGCGGGUGCGGGCCGCGCUGGAGCGCCGCGCCCGCGGGGGCGGGCGGCGGCUCCUCGAGGCCAGCGAGCGCUUCGCCGCGGGGUACAUCCAGUGCAUGCACGAGGUGCACACCUUCGUCUCCAGCUGCCCCGGCAUUGACGCCACCACGGCCGCCGAGCUGCUCAACCACCUGCUGGAGUCCAUGCCCCUCAGCGAGGGCGGCCGCCCGGACUCGAUCACGGACGUUUUGGGGGAGCCGGCGCUCGGCCCCUGGCCCGCCGGAGAGGCGCCGGCCGCGGCCCGCCCCGGCCUGGCCCUGCCCGCCCCGGCGCUCUCGCCCGCCCCCAGCGAAGAGGCUUGCUCCGACUCGGACGAGGCCGAGCCGGGCCAGACCUCCACGGACGGACUGGACGCGUCCCAGACGCAGGGCCUGCCCUCGCCCGGCUUGCCCAAAUCCAUGUGGAGACCCUGGUAACAGGGAAAGGAGGCAGCGCAGACCUACCUACGGGGAGGGCAGGGUGCCCCCGCACAGGCGUGUGUGCGAGCGUGUCUGAGUGUGUGUGUGUGUGCGCGGCUGGCAGCGCUGUGACUGGGGGACUCGGGCGCUCUGACGCUGUCACGCCCUGACAGCCUAAUAGCCCACGCGUUAACAUUUCAUCCCUCUGUGUGUGUGCGUGUGCAGCAUUUUGUAACUCUAGGGGUUGUUUUUACGAGGAUGGCGGGGCGGGGGGUGGGAGGGAAUUGGUUUGUAGCAGCCAAGCUUUUUGGUGGAGACGCAGCAGUUAUUUUAUAGCCCUGUUUCUUCGUGGCCCUUAGGGCCCAAACACCACUACCUUUUAAGAAAAAGCCCUUGUGCAUUUUAAAUCAGGAUAGUUAAUUCCAGAAGAAGCUUGAGCUAAGUCUGCAUGCGUGGUUUUAAGCGUUCUAGUGAUAGCACAGACCCCUGAAAGGUGUCAGUGGGGGGAACAUCUGUUCCUAGUAGCAAUCUAAAGUCUCACCUUUAGGGAAGGGAGAGAAAACUAGAAACCUGGUGGAAUUAGACAAGCAUUUUAAAAGAUGUUGGUGGCAGGGUGCCUUUUAGAAAUGAGUGUCUUUAUGCACAUUUUGCUUUUAGCACAUUUGAGUUUAUUGUGAGUUUAUGUAUAUUAGGGUGUCAGAUGUUUUUUAUUUUUAAUCUUUAAUAAAAAAACCCCUGAAUUCACAAUGUGGCAUAUAUUGUGUAAUGUGAUGCGCUUCUAGCCCAUUUAAGAACAUUAAAAAUAGAGCUCCCUC